AUGGUGUCGUUGAAGAAGUUUCCUCGUCGAUCGAAUCGCCUUGCAGCUCGCACCGCUCCCUUAGCUUCUCCGGCAGAUGCAGGCCCGGAUCUACAAGCUUCGAGAGCUCUUGUUGGUGUUGAUCUCAAUGACUCGAUCCAUUCUCCGUACUUUAUGCAUACUUCUGAUCAUCCCGGUUUGAUUCUCAUCUCUAUCAAACUUGAUGGUUCAAACUUUGAUGAUUGGGAGGCUGCGAUGAAGAUUGCUCUUGACUCGAAGAACAAGAUCGGCUUCGUAGAUGGCUCGUUACCUCGCCCUCUCGACUCAGAUCUGAACUUCCGAAUAUGGUCACGAUGCAACAGUCUCGUUAAAUCAUGGAUCCUCAACUCGGUAUCCACUCAAAUCUAUCGCAGUAUCCUUCGCUUAAAUGAUGCAACUGAUGUGUGGAAUGACUUGCAUAGUAGAUUUCAUAUGACUAAUCUGCCUAGGACUUACAAUCUUACCCAAGAAAUCCAGGAUCUACGUCAAGGCUCUUUGUCACCCUCGGAUUACUUCACUAAGCUCAAAACAUUGUGGAGUAGUUUAGAGAGUUGUGAAGAAGCUGAUGAUCCAUGUACUUGUGGGAAAGCUGCUCGGCUAUAUCAAAAGGCUGAGCGUGCUAAGAUUGUUAAGUUUUUGGCUGGUCUUAAUGAAUCGUAUGCAGUGAUUAGGCGUCAGAUCAUCAUGAAGAAGACACUGCCUUCACUCACUGAAGUCUACAACAUCUUGGACCAAGAUGACAGUCAGAAGAGUUUUGCUGUAGCUACUCCGGCUGCGUUCCAAGUAUCUGAGACUCCAGCUUCUCAGCCUCCUCCUUCCAGUGUUUGCUAUGUUCAGACUGGUGCUCAUAAAGGCAAACCUAUCUGUUCAUUUUGCAACAGAGUUGGACACAUUGCAGAGCGUUGUUACAAGAAGCACGGCUUUCCACCGGGUUUUGAUCUAGCAGAUAGCGAUUUCCAUCUGAUAGAUUUUGAUCGGGGCUUCGAUCAAUAG